ACGACCGCCACGGUCACAGCAGCGCGACGCUGCGUGCGCAAUGUCUUCAGGCUCCUCGUCGCCGCCAACAACCCGCUCGCGCACCCUCCUCUUCAUCUCCUACCGCGACUCCCGCGCCAGCUCCUCCCGCUUCCGCCGCCGCUCCCGCGUCACCACAAACUACGACGACGCCCUCACCGUCGGCGACGAGCAGGAACGUCUCAUCGACCACGAGCCCGGACACGUCGCCCUAGACGCACCCUUGCCGCCGAGAUGGGUCGACGCCGCGGACCAGGUGGAGGAGAUACUCGCCGGCACACAGGCUAAAAUCACCGCGCUCGACAAGCUCCACGCGAAACAUGUUCUCCCCGGUUUCUCGGACCGGUCAGCUGAAGAGAGAGAAAUCGAGGCGGCCACCAAUGUCAUCACCAGAGAGUUCCGCCAAUGUCAUGCCCUCAUUCAGCGAAUAGGCCCAACGCCGAAUCACACCUUCCCGCCUGCCCAAUCGGGCCGCUCACAUCACGAAGACCUCGCUGCAAAGAACGUACAGCGCGGCCUCGCGGCAAAAGUGCAGGAACUUAGUGCGACAUUCCGGAAGAAGCAGAGGGUGUAUAUGGAGAAAUUGCAAGGCCAUGCGAUAAAGAACCAGGAUCUACUCAUUGCUUCGGGUACCAUCUCUUCCCGGGGCACCGAAGGCCUGUCUGCUGUGGAUGAAGACGUUGAAGCCGCCGCUGCCUCGCGCAAUCGCGCUGCUCUGGCGCAAGACAUGAUGACCGCGGACGUUGAUCUGCGGCGACGUGACCAUGAGCUCACCCAGAUUGCGCAGUCCAUUGCAUCACUUGCGGAGCUUUUCAAGGACUUGUCGGCGAUGGUCAUAGAUCAGGGGACACUCCUCGACAGCAUUGAAUACAACGUCGAGCAGACGGCCGUGCAGAUGGAGGAUGCGGUCAAGGAGCUGGACACGGCGACAAGGUACCAGAAGAACACUGGCAGGAGAGCGUGCAUAUUCCUCCUCCUGCUGAUCAUCUUCGGCCUUAUCAUGGUCCUCAUCUUCAAGCCUCGCCGACACGCCUCAUCAGCACCAUCACCUCCAUCCGUCUCGCAAGAGCUAUCGCCCGAGGCGGGUGCCCUCUUCCGGCUGCCGAUGGGUGGUGGUUUGGAACUCAAUGCGACCGCGACAUUGCGCAGAAGGCAUCCGGACAGAUGACGGCACGGGACACCGCCAACCUGCGCGCCGGUCCUCUGUUUCUGUCCAUUCGGGGCGUCUUGUGAUCGCCUACUGUUGACAGCCUAUACCGAACUCUACAGCCUGACUAUUCAUUUCCUACUUCUACUAAUUGACCGCCUCAUCGAUGUGUCUCGCCAGCGCCAUCCCGGUGGCUAGCAGCAGCAGCGUGUCCGAUCGUGCUGCUCUUUUGACUCAAAUGACUGUCAAGGUGCAUUGAGUGAAC